AUGUUCGCAGCCAAGGCAACAAAGGCAAACUCGUCUGUCGUCCCCAAUGAACGGAAUUUGGAGAGACCUGUGCCCAAAAAUUCAAGCCAGACACUCAGUCGCGACAAGAGCUCGUUAUCGACGACGUCGUAUGAUUCUCAGGAGUUCUCCCGGACACCCAACCACGACAACAGCGAUUACUCAAGGUUCGAGGGCGGCGAGGACAUUGACGAUGAAUCUAUCUACUCUAAGAACGACCGGACGCUCGUGGCGUACUUUGGACCUUUGCCGAGAGAGGCCGAGGAGGCUUUGAACAAUUCGGAUCCUUACACCAACACUAUGAUUUCUAAGGUCGAUUUUGAUACAGGAUUCGCCAUGGUUGUCUCUCAUACAAAGUGUUACAUUUGGGCUGUCCAGAAGGAGACUACAUACCGCUCUCCUCCAAUGUGCUACACCCUGCCGAUGCCUCCAAACAAUAACCCAACUCUCGAGACGGCCCCACUUCUUCCCGUUGUCACAAUCACCAAAUCGGACGAGCCCCACUAUGGAAUCCUGGCCUGUUCGCCUGACGGAACAUGCUGGUACUGGAACAACAUCGACAUCUGCUUCUCGAAUGUGGACCAACACGUGGAUACUAAGAUCAACAUCCAACCUAAGGACUACGUCUCCAGAGUCGAGUGUGCUGGCCCCAUGGGAUACUUUGUCGCCACAAAAUUUGCGAACGUGUACCAGGUGUCGAUCAAAAAACAGUAUGGCGCGAGCACGUUGGCAUUGACACAGUUGAACGGAAAACCUGGCAGCACGAUUACUUCAAUCUUCAGCAUGAUCGGCGUGGCACAAGGACCCGACGAGUCUCAGCACCUUGCCGCCAUGACUUCAGGACCCAGACUUCAGGAUCAACACGGAAGAUGGGAUUUGUUUGUGAUGACCCGGAAAUCCCUCCUCCAGUGGCAUCUGUACCGCUCUGGAGAAUGCACGUUAGAGAUGGAAUUUCCUUUGAGGGACGAGAUCAAGAAUCGUAUUCUUAACGAUCAUACUGCGGUCUUGCCCAUGGGAAGCGAUCCUAGUGUCCGCGUUCUCGACAUCCAAUACAUCAGGAACGGCAAGCUGCUCGUUUUUGCCACAUUCUUCAAUACCGCCCACAGGGAAGCACAGACUCCAUUGGCCAGUGCACUUUUCACUAUCUCUUGUCGGAAUGGAUCAGGAUUUGGCAUUGAGCGUGUCAGAUACCUUAAGCGCACAAUCGAAGAAGACAUCAGGCCAGAAGCUUCGCCCAAGCUGGUGGUCCCACUUGGAGGUCCAGGAGUGUUCAUCGUUAUGCCAAGGGCGGUGAUUAUCAGCUCAACAUUGCCUGAUUCGGCGUUCGAGGACUUGAUCCCACUUAAGACAGACAGGAUCAUCGGUAGCGGACACGAAGACUGGAAGCAACAUGUUCAGGAUCUGGCUACGAGCAGCGAGUUGACAAUCAUUUGCAAAUCCAGCGGUCGUUUGGGCAUUCACCUUCAGCUGGACGACAAGGGACGCCCAUUGCCUUUGAUCGCAACCAGCACUCAGAACGAGAAGGAAGAAAUGACGGUACAACUUCAGGCCAAGUUGGAGCAGGCGGUCUUUUUUAGCGGAAAGAAGCACAAUCCCAUCUCCUUCGACCUCGCACAUUACGACGGCGGCGAUCUCAACCAAGCAUCGUUGAAUGUGAGUCGGGAGAUCCUCAACUCUCAUGCUCAACUCCUCGGUACUGGCAGUGAUGUAACAACAGGACUCUCGGUGCGUUAUCAACGGAUAAAGAACAUCAUCGACUGUAUUCAGGAUGCAGAGAUGGCGAGCAGGCUGUUGGUCAAUACCAGAUUCCAGCUGUGUUGGAGUGCUGAGAAGUUGGCGGCCGCAAAUGAGGUCUGGAGUCAAUAUCAACAGAGGCGGAGAGAUGUCCGUGAUGACAAGACGCUGAAGGAGAACUUGGAUCGCGUCUUGCAGGAUGCAGCCGCCGAGAACUUGCGCAGAAUCGGCGCUCGCAGCACGGAAGAUCCAGUGGCGAACUUUAUGAAGUACCAUAUCAACGAACUGGGUGCACUGCUUUCCAGCUUGCAGACCUCUGUUGCCCAGACACAGGAAAGUCAUCGUGCGAUUCUCGUCCGCGAUAUCAACAAGAUCCUUAUUUCCAGUCUGCGGUCUGCUUGGAACUUUAGGAGGUUGAACGUCGGGAAAUACGCUCUGCAAGACCGCAGCACUCUCGAGCCAUGGACAGGCACUGAGGAUAUCAUCGAUACUUUGACUAAACAGUACUCAGCAACGUCCAAAUUGUGCGCGGUAACCCCGGACCAGAAUGGCACAUCAAUGGACGUUGACAAAGGUAGCUCAGAGCCCCUCACUCCUCUCGAGCAUGAGCUUAGGGAUCAGCUGUACGACCUUGCUGAUCUCACACUGCAAGCGCGUUCUGAGCAUUUGCAUUAUUUGGAAGGAUUGCCCACUUCGACUGAGAGCAACAUCAGGAUCGCUUCCGCUGUCACCGCAUAUGAUGAUGCCAAGACAGAAUUAUUGGGACCACUUGGUAAUUUGGACAAGGCUCAGCGUGUGAUUCAGUUGGCUCAAAAGUACAAGGACUUCGCGACACUUGUCCAACUUACUUCUGACGAUGAAGAAGUCAUCAACGGCUACAUUGCCAAGUACCAGCAGGAAUUUGCCAAUGCGCUGUUUCAGUGGUACAUCGAUACUGAUCAAAUGACUAGACUGUUGGAACAGAGCGAGCUGAACGUCGAUCUGUUCACUGACUUUAUCGACAACCAUGACUGCAGUGACUUUGGCUGGCUGCACGACAUCAAGAUCAAGCGAUUCGGGGAAGGUUCGAGGCGGCUUCAGGAAGCUGCUGCGAGGGAGAACUACUUGGAUCGCCGUAUGACCAUGGCCAGUUUGAGUAAGCUCCUGUUCCUAGCGGAGGGAACCCGUGACGGUGUUGUUCAUGAAGGCACCGCAAGAUAUGCCGCCAGAUGUAACGAUGAGUUGAACACAGCCACGGUUCAAGUUGACGUUGCUAACUUUCUCGAGACGCAAGGUGAAGCGAUGGCAACCGUUCCCGACAAGGCUGAGACUGUUCUGAAGGUGCUGGGAUCCCCCAUCCUGGCGAAACAAAAAGUCUUGCGCAAGGGCGUUCUUGAGGCGAUCGAGAAAUUGCUGGAACGUAAUGUGCUUUGCUCUGAGGAUUUUCUUGAUGUUCUCAUGCUCCAGCAGGCCACAGAGAUCAACGGCACCGACGUGUGUGGUCUUGCUCUCGACAUCUGUUUCCAGUCUACCGAUAUUCCCGAGAACCGUCGUCCCUAUGUCUUGCAGGAUAUCUGGCGCAGGAUCUUUAUUGCAGACAAAGAUGCCUACUGGAGACUGGAAAAUGUGAGCGACUUGGAAGCCAGAGAGAGAUUGAUGACGUCGUGGAUGUGCCGGGCAUAUGCUGUGAUCUUCCAUGCAGACGGUCACAAGGACGAAAUGAUGUUGCGUCCACAGGAGGCCAAAUGCACAAUGCCCGACAAUCUGUUCCGGGAACGCAGCCUGGCAAGAGGCGAGACAGAUGAGGCGGAAUUGAAGAGACGGUACGAGGGCUUGAUCCAGGACUAUGAGCGCGAGAACGAUGAGCUCGACCAGCGGAUCCGCGAGGGACAGUUGUUGGAGAAGUGGGAGCGCGUGAAGAUGAUUGUCAAGGAGGAGAGAGCGGCUGCUAUGAUGGCUCUGGGGUCCCAGGAUGCCAUGAUGGAGGAUGCUGAGAUGGCAUAG